GUCAAGAACAACAAGAAUGGCGGCAUGUCUCUACUUGCGGCCAAGAUUUAGAAUUUAGGCCUAGAUAAAGACAUGAUAAUAUUCAUAAUAAUAAUAAAUAUUCAUUUAAAACAAUAAAACAUCGAUUCGACAAUUGAGUCGAGUCACAUAAUCAGUCACAUUGGCAUUGGCAUUAAAAUUGGACUUUUGGUGGUGUGAUUCACUGAUUCAGUGAUUGAUUGUCUUAGUCUUAGUCAUUAGUCUUAAAAUUAUUAAACGACUUGUGAAUACAACCCGUAACAAACACAAUCUACUAAUAGACAUGGCUGAAAGUAAAAGUGAAACAAUAGAAUUAGGUGAAGGUGUUGUGAGUGAAAAUGACAAAGACAAUGUCAGUGAAGAGAAAGAAGAAAUUCCACCCUUGACUUACAUAGAUUUUACACCUCAGUGUCUUGGCUCAACAUUUGAUGGAAAGGAACCAGACUUUGCUGAUUUUGGAAGUGUCAUAGAAGGAGCCAAUCAAUGGCUGCUACAAAAUCCUCAGUUUUCUGUUUUCAAAUGUGAAACUGUCUCAACUAAACUAAACCCAGACUUUUCUUUGGAUAAUGAUUCUACCCUGAGCCAUAUGGCCUCCAAUGGGAAAAAUGUAUUUGUCAGAGUUCUCAGGUUAUGGUUGAUUCCCAAUGUGGACCCCAGCGGUCCAAGUCAACAAAUUGGUUACAUCACAGUUUUGCCUGACCACAGCAGCGGAGAUUUGAAAACAUUUUUAAACUCACUGGUUGGCAUAGCCACUAGCAGACAAAUUGGGGACAUCACGUUCCCUUCAUUCGACAACCUGAGUCAGACUGUGGAGAAACUCAACAGACACUUACAGACUAAACCCAUCCCAGGACAUAUCCUUAGCAUGGAGACACUGACAUUCAAAUGUAUGGAAGCUAACAGUUCUGACAAACUUCUUCCUGAAUCUGGGUCCUGGACUGAAGGAGGUGGCAAUGCAAAGGUCUUCCUUCAUGCUUUUAGAAUUUACUACAUUGUAGGAAAGCCAUGCUUUGAGCAAGUCGGUUUCUACGAUGAGGCACCAGAGAUUAUGCAGUCUAAGGAAGGUCUUGAUCUGAGGAUAAAGUUUGCCACAUUUGAGAAGACACUGAGCAAAGCAUCCAAUUGGUUGAAAAAGCAAUCAGGCUGCCGGAUAUCCAACAUUCAAUCUGUAUAUGUAAAAUUGGAAAGAAAAUAUGGAUCAGGUCCCUGGAUACUAGACUCUCAUGCCCCUGGUUAUGCUGAAAAUCCUGGACUGAAUGAGUCUCGUUACACAAAGGUCAUUAGAUUCACUUAUAUCAAAGAUCAAAAGUUGAACCAAGCCAAUCCGUACUCUCAAGUCACCCUUACAUCAAGACUCUUUAUUCCUUGUAGGAUAGAAGGCAGAUUAUUUGAGCCUCUUUCAAAGACUGUCAUGAGAGUGGUCAAGUGGCUCAGCAAAACAAAGUUACCAGUAUUUGCUUGUGAAACUGUCAAAUAUCAUUUGACUAGUGAUAGUGAAGGACAAGGGUUUAACAAUGAAAGGUUGGAUGCUUUAAUCAACAGCUUUCAGGGUCAACAUUAUAUUACAUGCAUCAGGCUUUAUUUUCCUUGUACCUAUGAAGAGCCCAAGCCAGACCCAUCAGAUCCUGAAGAUCUUGGCUGGUGGGGAUGGGCUUGUGUGGUUUCCUAAGACAAAAGAUUGACUUUUAAGGGAAAGAAACAUCAAUUAAAAGAUAACUCUUCAUGACUGAAUGUAUUUAUUACCCAUAAUUGCCUGAUCACAUUUUUAUAGACAUAUAAUUUUGCUUUUUAAAAAAUGUUUUAAUUAUGCAGCCUCACAAAGGAAAAUCAGAGUAGAUUUAAAGUCUUAGUCAAAGUAAAUAUUUCAUAGAGAUACCAUUUGAGGCUUAAUCUACUCUACCUUAAACAUCUGAUGUUAUCAAUAUUAUGAUAAUGGUUCUAGCUACAAAAUUCGACAGAUACUACAUACUAUUAGUUUUUGUAUGGUUGUUUUUUUAAUGUUAUUUUCCAGCAAAUCUUGAGCUAAAACAUUUGUUUGAGUUUAGGAAGAAUCAAAAGAAAAGUUUUGAAGGGAAAAUGGUUUUGUUGACGUCUGAUUAGUGUUUUUUUUUUUAUUUGAAUGAAUAGUCGUUAGCAAUACUGCCUUCAAGAGUUUCAAUAAAAUAAUUUUGUGGGCUUUUUUUUUUGAAGUCCACGUAACCUGAUAUUAUAAUCUUUUGGAAUGAGUUUUUUUUAAGUUUGGUAAGGCUUUUAAAUAUUUUUUUAAAAUCAUAUUUUUCGUAUAGCAUUCAUUUUUGCCAUUUUUUUCAAAAUUUUGUUUACUAAUAUGCCUGAGAUAUCCAUGACAUGUUUUUGUUUUUUUUUUAUAUAAAAAUAAAAUUUCAUCUGUUAAGAUAAUUUGUAUGUAUUGUCUGAUAAUUUGUAUGUAUUGUCUGACCAUCUUUUGUUUUGUCAGUUAAAUCUACUCCUAUCCGUUGAAAUUCUCAAGCUUUUUGGUUAAAAUCUAGACGCCAUUCUUUUGAAAUAGUCCUUGCUCCUGUUGAUACUAAAUAUUUGUUUAAAAUGUCUAUCAGUUUAAGAAAGACAUGGAGUUCCGAUGAGCAAAGAAACUGCUAUUUAAAUCAAACUAUAUAUACAAAAUAAUAUUUCAUAUUGUAGAUGUACUGCCAUAAUAUUAAGUUAUUAACAAUGUUCUUGAUAAGGUCUGUCAAAUAACAUUUAUAUUAGCAGUUACAUCAUCAUAUUUUAGCUCAAUGUUGUUAAGUUCCUUUUAUACCUUGUGAUCUAAAGGACAUAUGUUGUAAAGUUCCUUUCAUACCCUGUGAUCUAAAGGACAUAUGAUGUAAAGUUCCUUUCAUACCCUGUGAUCUAAAGGACAUAUGAUGUAAAGUUCCUUUCAUACCCUGUGAUCUAAGGGACAUAUGAUGUAAAGUUCCUUUCAAACCUUUGUGAUCUAAGGGACAUAUGAUGUGAAGUUCAUCUGUUUCUGUGGCCCAUGGUUUAUGAGGGUGUCAUGUGACCACCACAACCAUCUUUAUUUUUCCCCACAAAAUGUCAGGUACCCAUCAGAGGUGCCCUAAAGAUCCCAAAAGUAAAAAUCACAGUCAUCACCAAGAUUUGAACUCAGGAACCCCAUUAUGUAAGCCUAGUGGUUUAACACACAGCCAUCAUGCUUCCAGCUCAAUGCUGGCUGUAGUUAAACUAUGGUGAAAAACAAACAAGGAAAACUAAUCCUUCAGUAUUCACAGAUAUCUUAUAUGUGUUUGUUUUUUCCCCCUUAAAUAAUUGUACACUUUUAUUCUCCCACACCCAUACUGGGAUUAAGUUGAAAAUUGAAACAAUUAUUUAUUGUGCCUAACAAAAUAUGAAACAAUUUAAAAAUCAACAGAUUAGUCAAUUAAAUCUUGGUAAUUAAUUAUUUUGUGUAAUAUCAAAAAAGGGAAAUAACUUCUACAUUCCUGAGUGAUACAGUUGCAUAUGCAGAAUUAUUCCCCUAAGAUAAGCUUUUCUUUAGAAAGGAUUUUCUUUUUCAAUCUAGCCUCCUUUUUAUUCAUGGUUUCCAAGAACAAAAAAUUGAUUUAUUUUUUAACACCUUUUUUUUUUUGUUUUAUUUUUACUACUAUGUACUGAAUAAUUUAUUUUUUUUUUAGUUUUUAUUUGUUGUAAUGUUGAUUCUGUCUGUUCUGAGUGGGAUGAGCACACUUCAGCACAAUGUAAUCAUCUUCUUUUUUUUUUAAAUUAAAGUCUGUAUUUGACAAGAAUGUUUCAUUUGAUGUUAAAAGAUUUCAAGUUUAUAGUUAUUUAAUGCUAAUACCAGUAUACAUCUAGGUUUAAUUUAUGGUAAAUAACAUGUCUCUAAUAAUACUCAAACUUCUAUACAUUUGUGAUUAAUGGUAAGAACAAUAUAUCUCUAAUAAUACACACACUGAUAGAAACCUGUUAGACUAGACUAAUUAUUAUAUUCUACUUUUAUGUAUUGAGGGACUUCUGAAGCUUUGUAGCAUUGCCUAUUUAAGUCGUUUCCAUUUGUAAAACUUAUAUCUAUUUCUGAAUUUUAAUUUUCCUACAAGGCUUUCAAUACCCCCCCCCCUUUUUUUUCCUCCUUUUCUGCUGACAAUUAAAUAACCAUUACACCUUUCAUUGGCUUACUCAUGUCACGUGUGUACAACAUAGAUCACUGAUUUUUUAUCAGUACAUUGCAAUAACAUAACUAGCCCGACAAAACAAGUAUAUUGACUAUCAUGUUGUUGAUUACCUUUUAUGCUCUCCAUCAUACAGACUAGCUGUGUUCUUUGUAUUAAGCUUAGAAGCUUUGUUUUUAUACAAUGGUAUUUAAUUUGGUUGUGAUGAUGUGUUGUUUUUUUUCUUUUUCCUUCCAUUAUACUGCAUUCAAUAUAACACACUCCUAUUCACUGCACCUGCAUUAAUUUUUUUUUUUUUUUUGAUAUUUUGUUAAGCACUGUGAUAAGUAUGACUUUAUUUUUUACAAAUGUCUUAAGAACUUGUUUUACAUGAUUUUUAUCGCAAUUAUGAUUAAAGAUUUCUGAGGGUUGGA